AGCCUGUGUGGCCGGAAGUUUUAUGACAUGGCACAAUGUGCCCGCCGAGUGGUGUCUAUCGGAGAUGUGUCCUUGGAGGGGAAGGAUCGGCCUUCGUACUUGGUGCCAGUAGCACCAACGCUUCGUGGAGGGCUCCAUGUUCCAAAGGAGUCCCAGUCGGAGCUGGCAGCUUUGAGAUGGAUGAUGCAAAAGGCAAUCUUGCAGCAGGACAUGUUCUUGCUUGGUCCUCCGGGCCCUUGGCUUAGGCAUGUGGCCUUUCGCUUCUGCGAGCUCUUGGGGUGGGAGGUGGAAUAUGUUGGAAUCACCCAGGACACAGGCGAAGCAGACCUCAAGCAACGUUGUGAGAUUUACAACGGCAGUGUGACGCAUGUUGACCAGCCGCCUGUGAAAGCUGCGAUUCAUGGACGUGUGUUGGUGUUGGAGGGCAUUGAGAAAGCUGAGAGAAAUGUUCUUCCCCUUUUGAACAAUUUGCUGGAGAAUCGCGAAAUGUCAUUGGAAGACAGGCGAUUUCUUUUGUCGCCACAUCGGGCCGAGCGGCUUGCGGAGCAGGUAGUCUUGCAUCAAUUGGAAAGCAGCUGCAAACCUGCUUCCUUCAUCUUCCUUAGAGUUUGAGCAGUUUGAGCUUGUAGGGCAAUUUGGCUGAGCUGGUGUCAGUUCAUAAAGACUUCUUGGUGAUUGCGCUGGGAUCGCCAAGUCGAGG